AUGGUUUUCGAUACAAUGAUAGAAACAGGUCGAGAGAUCGAGUUGAGUGAUGUUGACGUCAAUGAUAUUCUUCGUAGCGAUCUCAUGCCUACUUCCUUCAUUCCCGAAGGUUCCGAUGAUUCUGUUCAAGAGGAGAGAACUGUCAACAUCGGUGUGGGAUAUGUUAAUGGCUCGGUCGGUGCCGCUCUCUCUACUCUGGACUUCCACAGGAAGAUGAUGAACGAGUAUCGAUGCAGAAAUUACCUCGCAGAACAAGUCCUGCAGGAAAUGGGUAAAAAUAGUUUGCGAGAUCGUGUCGGGAAGCCGGUGGAGUCUCACAUGUUCGGGAACAUGCUCCCGCAGGUAUAUGAUGCGAGAAGUACUGCGUUGUAUGAUGUGGGCUCGAUGGGAUACCAGGAGUGGCUAGCGAGAGUGACAGCGUUGAACGACGUGUAUCAACACUUCAACAUGAGUGUCGACCCUCACGUUAACAUCAGUGUGACAGUGAAGCCGUACUCCCAAAGCCUCCCGCGAGACCGGUACGAGGUUAUGGAGUCCGCCGAGUCUGUGUAUGAUCAUGACUUACCCGUCUACGAUGUUUCUAAACACAGUGGAGGCUACGAGUACUCGAUGCCGCCGCCUCCUCCUCCCGUCUACCAGCACUCCUCCAGCCAGGAGGAGCACGACUAUCCGGCAGAGAAGCACUCUCACGGGCUCAGCGUUAGCGAUCUGUUUGAUAUAUCCCUCACUGGAAUAGCAUUUCUGUCAUUUGGAAUGUUUAUACUUCAAGUGCUGAUGUGUAUCACAAUGAACGAGCAGCCGACCCAAGUGAUGCAGAUGGUUGAUGGUGGUGACAACGUGAACGUGGAAGACGUGUUCCGCUUCAAGAGAGACACGGACUCGGGAAAAUCUCUCAAGUCUCUCAACUACAUCUCUCGUUAUGCACUGAUGGCGCUGAAGCCCCAGUCGACACGAUGCCUGUCCCGCACCCUAUGUUUGGGCAACAAGUACACGAGGAAACUGGAGCACAACGAGAGAUAUUGGCUACCUUUGCUUCACGCUGGCGUGGCGUGGACCCGCGGAGGUUCCCUGAGUGCUCUGAGAGCUGCAGCCCUCGGUCUGGGAGGAGCUGACUGUGAUUAUUAUUAUCCGCAAGAGCAAUGCGUGCAUCACAACUAGCAAAUUACACUUACGUGAGGUCGAACCCUUUUAUUACAAACAUAAUACAGGAUGUUAAAAAAUCCUGUACUAUAUCUUGACACGUAUAUUGGUAUCAAGUAGUGAGAACAAAUAAAUAUUGAAUUUUCAGGAAAUAAUCACAUUAAAAAAGUGAGAAAAGAAGAUUAUUAAUGUACCCAAUUAUAAAAGUUUGAACACCUA